AUGAAUAUUUUAUUUGGUAGACAAUCUCAAUAUAAUGCACUUAUAACACCUAUUUAUAAUGCAAGUGAACCAUUAGAUGUUUAUUUUGGUUUAGCAUUAGCUCAAAUAAUAAAUGUUUAUGAAAAAGAACAAAUUGUUAAAGUUAAUGUAUGGUUACAACUUCGUUGGUAUGAUUAUCAAAUGAAAUGGAAUCCUGAUCGAUUUGGUCGUCUUGAUAGUAUUCGUGUACCACCGGAACAAGUUUGGACACCGGAUUUAGUUCUUUUCAAUAAUGGCGAUGGUAAUUAUGAAGCAAGUUAUAAAUCAAAUACAGUCAUUUCUUCAGAUGGACAUAUUCAAUGGAUACCACCAGCGAUUUAUAAAUUGACUUGUACAAUCAAUGUUGAAUAUUUUCCAUUUGAUGAACAAAAAUGUGAAUUAAGAUUUGGUACAAGUGGUCGCAGUGCUUCUCAAGUUCGUUUUGGUUGGUAUGCAACAGCUAAUUCAAUGGAAUUAUCCGAUUAUGUUCCAUCGGGUAUAUGGACAUUAAUCGAUGCUCCAGCUGAAAUUCGUACCAUUCAAUCACCUGAUCCACCUUAUGAAAGUCGAUCUGAAAUGGUGUUUUUUAUGAUCAUUCGACGUAAAUCUUUAUUUUAUACAAUAAAUUUAAUUUUACCAACAAUGAUGAUUUCACUUUUAAGUAUCACAUUAUUUUGUUUACCAAGUGAUGCUGCAGAAAAAAUGAUGCUUUGUACAUCAAUACUUGUUUCUUUAGUAUUUUUUAUGUUACUUAUAUCAAAAAUUCUUCCAUCAACAUCAUUAAGUAUUCCAUUAAUAUCGAAAUAUUUAAUGUUUACAUUUAUAAUGAAUCUUUUAACAGUAUUUUUAUCAGUUUUAUCAUUAUAUUUAAAUCAUAAUCGUACAUCAAUAUUAACACCUGUACCAUAUUGGAUGAAAAUUAUUUUUUUACAUACAUUACCAACAUGUUUAUGUUUAAAUAAACCCUAUGAAAAUUCUCAUACACGUCAAAAACGUAUAUCAUCUAUAAAUUCUCCAAUAUUAUUACGAAAAAUGAAAAGUCAUCAAGUUGAUUUGCCUGAUGAAAUGAAUUAUUUAAUUGAACAAUUUUUAGAAAUAUCAAAUGAUAUAAAAUAUUUAUCAAAAAGAAUUCAAGGUGAUACAGAAGAAAUGAAAGUUUAUAAUGAUUGGAAAUAUAUUUCACUUGUAUUAGAUCGUAUUCAUUUAUUUCUUUUUCUUAUUAUUACAUUUAUUGGUACAAUAUCUAUGCUUUUACAAAUACCAAAAUUAUUUGAAUCACAUCAAGAUUCUUUAUUAACACCACAAUCAACAAUAUAA